CUUGCUUUUUUCCCAUAUUGCACUGCGGGGCGCUUCUCCUUCCUCUUUCCGCCAUAUUGCAGAACUGGCAUCAUGGUGCGCAUGAACGUUCUCGCCGAUGCGCUCAAAAGCAUCAACAAUGCGGAGAAGCGUGGGAAACGCCAGGUUCUGAUCCGGCCCUGCUCUAAGGUGAUCGUGCGCUUCCUCACCGUUAUGAUGAAGCACGGGUACAUUGGCGAAUUUGAGAUUAUCGACGAUCACCGAGCUGGGAAAAUUGUUGUUAAUCUCACUGGCAGACUAAACAAGUGCGGUGUCAUCAGCCCUCGAUUUGAUGUGCAGCUGAAGGACCUGGAGAAGUGGCAGAACAACUUGCUGCCCUCUCGGCAGUUUGGGUACAUUGUGUUGACCACUUCAGCUGGCAUCAUGGACCAUGAAGAGGCCAGAAGGAAACACACAGGAGGGAAAAUCCUUGGGUUCUUUUUCUAAACAUGUAGUCAAUGGCAAAUUAAAAAGUUUCCAAUGGA